GAGAAUUAAAGUGAAAAAUACACGUUAAAAACACAAGCGAGUGUGUUUUUCUGGCUGUAGCACCAGCUGCCUUGCCUCGAUGGGAAUUGUUUUACAGGAACAGCGGCUUCUUUAGGUUCCAGAACGCGUUCCUGAGCUUCAACGGGCCGAGUGUGUUACCGGGAUCAGAAGGCGGAGGMCAGCGGACCAAAUUGGCGGGAGAAUGUUUGUGAUCCACGACCAGAGGCGCGGUACAACUUCUUGAGGUUCAUGGUCUCAGGAGUAAUGUGAAGAUUCUUGUUCUUCUGGAAGCUGCUAAAACCAAAACAUAAACAGUGCCAAAGUGGUAACAGAAGAAUUCUUGAGAUAAAGCAUUUUUGCCCUGUACUUGGACAGCUGAUAGGCCUGCCAUGGCUCCUGUGAAGAUCAGUCAUGUGGUAUCAUUUUCCUCUCAGGAUCCCAAGUAUCCUGUGGAGAACUUGCUGAACCCAGAUAGUCAGGGGAGGCCUUGGCUCAGCUGCCCUCAGGACAAGAGUGGGCAACUGAAAGUGGAACUACAGCUGGAGAGGGCAGUGCCCAUUAGCUAUAUUGAUGUAGGUAACUGUGGCUGUGCUUUCCUGCAAAUUGAUGUGGGCCGUUCUUCCUGGUCCCUAGACAGACCUUUCAUCACCCUGCUCCCUGCAACCACACUAAUGUCCCUCACUGAUUCAAAGCAGGGGAAGAACCGCUCAGGGGUCCGCAUGUUUAAAAAUGAUGAUUUCCUGGCUCCAGCCUCAGGAGAAUCAUGGGAUCGACUUCGCCUGACUUGUUCCCAACCGUUCACACGUCAUCAGUCCUUUGGCCUGGCCUUUCUGCGGGUGCGUUCCUCUCUGGACUCCUCAGAUGACCCUGUGAUGGAUCUCUCAGUCCCUGUGAGCUCUGAGCUAAGCCAGGGCUCUUCUGACACUCAGGAGUCGCAUCCUCAACCCUGGCUGGCUAAUCCUUCUAUCCGGAGGACAUUCUUCCCAGAACCCCAGACAAGCUCUAAGAAGAUUUCAGAGCUCAAGGAUAUCCUAAAGCAGUUACAACCAGGGACUCUGGGGCGUUCAGCCCAUAUGGUGCUUUCUGCAGCCCGCAGGGCACCUUCAGCCAAUAUGGCAAGCCCAAAGAGCAAUCAUGCAGAACCAGGUCCCAGUCUUCCAAAGAAUGCAGUGCCCAGAGCAGAGGAGGAGGACUCAGAGAAUGAUGUUGUCAGGACAAAGAGACGAAAAAUGCAGGACCAAAGGCCUUUGACCAACUCAAACUCCCGGCUGAACAGGAAGGGGACAGUAAAGGCAAGGCAAAGAGAAUACCAAUCCCAGGCCCCAAACAGUGGUGUCCAGGAUAGUGAACAAUGCCCCAUUUGUGCAGGUUCCUUCAGCAUUGAGAUUCUUCCCCUGCAUGCUGCCACUUGUGGAGAGACCUCCCCGCCUCACCCAGCUUCUCCCUCCUCACCAUCUUCAUCCCAGUCUGUACUGUGGGUGUCAUCCCCAGAGAGUUCACCUCCCAUUUCCUGGGUCCAGUGUCCCAUCUGCCAGUUCCAGUUCUCAGCAAGAGAAAUAGAAGAACAUGCCAGUGUGUGUGGGGAGGUUUUUCCAGCGUGAGCCAUGAAAUCCUGUGGUUUGGGCCCCCACUAUGACUAAGACAGAGAAGUGGGUGCAGCCAUGGACCCUCUCACGGUAAGAACUUCUGCUCCCCUUCCUCCAUCCUACUCCCAUUCCUCAUUAUGGAGAAAGCAAUAGAUUGGUGAGUCGGCAGAGGAAGCUUAGCUGCCAGGCAGGUUGUGAGCUUUACAAUAUGAGUGGAAGAGCCCCCRGAGCCUUGAACUGAACCCAAAGGAAGAGCAAUGAACAUGGGCCUCAAAGAAAAGGGAUAAGGCAGUAAGUACCGAGGAGAGAGAAAUGCCCUCCAAAGUAGCAGAGGGCAAAGCGAGAGGGGUUUGUUGGAGAAAAAAACAUGUUGGGAUAUUGGUAGGAGUUCUGUUCAGAGCUGGGAAUGGGUGUUCAUAGUUAAAAAGACCCUCCUGUGUGGACAUGCUUGGACCUGCCCUUUCGAGAAGCUGUGGGACUUUCAGAGGGAUGAGCAGCUGGAAGAUGAAGUCAACAAGAUGGGAGCUGGGUCCUGGCCAGAUCCUUUGUGCCUACAUGUAGGGUUAGGCUCCCUGUGCAGCCCUGCUUUAACCUACCCUUUCUCAGGGCAUCCAUUUGGACCCAAUGUAUUUAGGUCCCUCUAAAGGUGGAAGUUAAACUAAGGACAAGGACCCCCUCGGAUCCAUUCUGGCACUAUCUCGUUCACUAACAUGAGAAUCUACACAAUAAAAUGGUGAAUAAGAGACUUUUUGCCUGUAUGUAUUGGGCAGGGAAGGACACAGUGGUAGCUAGUGGGAGGGUAAGAGAGACUCCAAAACAAAGGAGACUAGAAACUCAGAAUCCUGUCCUCUCCACUUCUUCAUCCAGCU